GGAGAGAAAUCCCUGAUGCACAGGAGUGGAGCUCAGCUUCAUGCACGAAAACCCCCGGGGGAUACAGGACAGUAUUAGAAAGCUGGGUGAUCGGUGGAAGAGCCGGACCGCCGUCUGACGAGAGCGCUGAGAGUUAGACAGAAGCUUGGAUCACGGUGUAGACAGAGCGCGGUCUAAAGAUCAUCGAUUCUCUGCCUGCCACAAAUGCCCACCUUUUCCAACUAAACAUGGUGGACGGGUGCGAAUUCUUGACACUACCUUUAUGAUCAUAUUCUGCCGCCCACCGUUAAGGACCCCCCCGUCUGGAUCAGUGAUGGCGCGAAGCGGAUCCCCCUCCAGAAAUACGUUAUGCGAGAUGAUCAAGCGCUGAGGAUCCGGUACUGCGGUUUAAAGACACAAUGGAUACGGUCCGGUACCAAGAGAUCCUCGACAGACUUAAAGAACGUGGGCUGAAUCCUGAAUCUUCUACAGAAGACCACUUGACGUUCCUCUGGAAUCUGUACCAAGGCACCCAAGCCAAACUACAAACUGCCACAAAAAGCCUGGAGGAGCUCAGACAGCAUCAGGAGGACGAAAUGAAAGAAGUGGAGAGCUAUGUGGCCCACAUCCGGAGCCUCACGGAGGAGAGAGAAGCUCUCACUACGGAUUUUGAAAAAGAAAAUAUACAACUCCGAAUUGAGCUCGAAAAACUGCAGGUUCUACAAGAAUCGCAGCUGAAGGAGGUGGAGGAGAUGCUGGACCAGGAGGGUUUGAUUGAGAUCGCCCAGAGCAGCCCCAGCGAGCAGAUCGCUUACUUACUGGUCGAAAGAGCGACGUUAUUGGAGAAAUUGGAACUUUUAGAACAAAAGUUGGACUCCCACUUGGAUUGCGUGGAUGACCUGAAACCGCAGGAUGAAUUGGGAGACGUUCAUCAAGCGCUGGAAGAAGAACUUCACCUGCAACGAGGGAAGGAAACACUGAAUAAGGAGCAGCUACCCCCUGUUCAGACUCCCUGGAAGAAGUUGUUUGGGAUUCGUAAAAAGGCAGGCAGAAUGUCUGCGGACGUUUCCGUACGUUUCACGUUUUUGUCUAAAUAACAAA